CCGAAUGAAACAGUCAAGACAGAAAAUCCCGUUUCKUUGCUUAUAGCUGCACUGUUGUUUUUCAUAGGCAAAAUUGCGCAUUUUAUUCGUGCUUUCAUUGUGGACACAAAUUGUUAUAAUGAACAUUGACGCGGAAAAAUUAGUGUUUUUGAUMGAGGCAAGARGCMMAAUAUAUAAUAAUAAAAGUAAAGAUCACAAUAAUAAAUUAAUAACGGAAAAGCUAUGGGAAGAAAUAGCUACCGAAAUGAAUAGUGAAGUAGCAGCAUGCAAAAAUAAAUGGAUAAAUUUACGAAACUCAUAUUCGAGAUAUUUGAGGGAAGAAAAAAACAAACCAUCUAGAUCGAGUGGUAAACAGAAGCGGAAGUGGUACUUGGCUGAUGCAAUGUCUUUUUUAAAAGAAUUUGUACAUCAGCAUCGUGAUAUGASCAGUAAUUUACAUGUAAAUAGCACUGAUGUCGAAGAACCAACUGCCGACAUGUCGCAAAACUAUUUUAUGGAUGCAGUAAGUACUGACAAAAGUAGUCCAAUGCCUACGAAGAAGAGUAAGACAUCUACAAGUAUAUCUGAGAUGAUAGCAGGACCAAUGAUAGAGUUCCUAAACUCCAAAACGAAGCAGAAACCUAAAGAAAAUGGAAAUGAAUUAUUUUUUAAAAGUUUGCUGUCUGAUUAUGAAAAACUCUCCAGCAAAAGGCAAAGACUWUUCAGAAUGYAUAUGMUAAAUAAAAUGAAUCAAUUUCAAGAAGAAGAGGAAAAUGAAUAUUUGAGUACCUCAACGUCAUCGUCGGUCAAGGUACAUAUUAUCUAAUACAAAUGAUUACAAAUAAAUAUUUGUGUAAUUACUAG